GGCGGCCGGUGGCGCGCGGCGGGGGCGGGAGGAGGGCGGCGCUGCAGUGCGGGGACUCGCUCGCCGUCCCCGUCCCCAAGUCCCCGCAGCUGCCUCCUGCCUCGGGCGGCCGCGCAUCCACAGAAAGGUAGAAGACAUCCUGACCAUGGCCUCCCCAUCGUCCUUCCACUCAGAGGAUGAGGACAGUUUGAAAGGAUGCGAGAUGUAUGUGCACAAGCACGGUAUCCAGCAGGUGCUCAAGGACUGCAUCGUGCACCUCUGUGUUGCCAAGCCAGACCGGCCAUUGAGGUUCCUCCGAGAGCACUUUGAGAAGCUGGAGAAGGAGGAAAACAGGCAGAUCCUGGCCCAGCAGAAAUCAAACUCUCAGUCUGACUCCCAUGAUGAGGACAUAUCACCAAUACCUCCAAACCCUGUGGUAAAGGCACGCUGCCGGCGGGGUGGUGUGAGUGCAGAGGUCUACACUGAGGAAGACGCCGUCUCCUACGUGAGGAAGGUCAUUCCCAAAGACUAUAAGACCAUGACGGCGCUGGCCAAAGCCAUCUCCAAGAACGUUCUCUUCUCACACCUGGACGACAAUGAGAGGAGUGACAUAUUCGACGCCAUGUUUCCCGUGACUCAUAUAGCUGGGGAGACGGUCAUACAGCAAGGGAAUGAAGGAGAUAAUUUCUAUGUGAUUGACCAAGGAGAAGUAGAUGUGUAUGUGAAUGGGGAGUGGGUGACCAACAUCAGCGAGGGGGGCAGCUUCGGGGAGCUGGCCCUCAUCUAUGGAACCCCCAGAGCUGCCACGGUGAAGGCGAAGACGGACCUUAAGCUCUGGGGCAUUGACCGUGACAGCUACCGGCGCAUCCUCAUGGGCAGCACACUGAGGAAACGGAAGAUGUAUGAGGAGUUUCUCAGCAAGGUGUCCAUCCUAGAGUCCCUGGAGAAGUGGGAACGCCUGACUGUGGCUGAUGCCUUGGAGCCUGUGCAGUUUGAAGACGGAGAGAAAAUCGUUGUUCAGGGGGAGCCAGGAGACGAUUUCUACAUCAUCACUGAGGGCACAGCCUCGGUCCUCCAGCGCAGGUCCCUCAAUGAGGAGUACGUGGAAGUGGGGCGCCUUGGACCCUCUGACUACUUUGGUGAGAUUGCGCUGCUGCUGAACCGGCCGCGUGCAGCUACCGUAGUGGCCAGGGGUCCACUCAAGUGUGUGAAGUUGGACCGGCCCCGCUUCGAGCGUGUCCUGGGCCCCUGCUCCGAGAUCCUGAAGAGAAACAUCCAGCGUUACAACAGCUUCAUCUCCCUCACCGUCUGAGCCUGAAUCCAUGCCUGAGCCUGCAUCCAACACCUGAACCCACAGGAGCUCCCAUGUGGCUCUGCAACCUGCUCCCCAUGCCCAGGGCCUGGGAGCCACUCAGUGAGUGGCCAGGUAGGGCUGGUGCCUGGCACUGGGCUUCCCACUCCUCUGGACUUACUUUCUGGAAUAAAUAACCACCUUGUGCAUUUUAAAAGCAAAGGGCAAGCAACAGCUGCCUUCCAGGCCAGGGAAGUGACAACCAGUUCCCCUCAUGCCUCCUCCUCCAGUGGCCCUGCAGCUUUAUCAUGGGGCCACCCUAUUCUCUCUCCAAGUUUUCUAGAGACUCUUGUCAGGUCUCCACCCCCAAACUGGCCCUGGCUCCUGCCAGGUAUCACCAGGAGGACCACGGCCACCCUUGUAACUCUCCCUCAAGUCAUCAGACACUGUCCCUGGUCCCUGUCAGAUUCCCAGAACUAGACCCAGGUGUGGGUCAGCUUGUGUCAAACAGGAGUGUCUCCAAAUGGAGGAAAAACAUUCUUGGCCCCUGCCUGCCCCCAACAAUGCGAAUGAUUCCCAGGAGCCCUGAGUAGAUCCCAGCCCCCUGGCUUGGGGAACUGGCAUUGGCUAGCAAGUUGGAAAGUGGUGACUGAGCCCAGUUACUCACCCUCACAGCUUUUAGAAAGCCUGUUUCCUGGUGGGCCGGGCACCCUGAUAUCUUGCCAGGGUAGUUGGCAGAGUUUGUGGCCCCUCACUGGCCAGAUGCCCAGAUAGGACAGGAAGUCUGGCUGACUCCACGGUUUUCCAAGCACGAUGAGCCUAGGCUGAGUCCCCAAUUCCCGGAGGCUGGGAGCCACAGCUCUUCUAGCCUAUUGGAUUCCCAAAGGGACAGCAAGGAACUCUGAUACUUGCUGAUUAAAGCUUUAGGCACUGAGCCCUUCCCCAGACUCGGUGUGUAAAGUCCAAGUCCCUGCCCUGGAAGCCCAAGUGUCCCUCACCUGAGUCUCCACUCCCUGACAUGAGGAACAAAUGCAACUGAAGCCAACCUGGGCCCCUGAACCAUCACUACCCUGUCUCGAGUGCAAUGUGAUAGGAGCCAGCCAGGCCUGAGGAGACACGUAAGUGUCCAUAACUGCUCAGCAUCCCCUGGGUGACCAGCAUGUAAUGAAACAAUGAGACCUACCCUAUCUUGCUCCUGUUGUGCACAUCCAGGGAGGUGACCCUCUCAGCUGGCCAUCAGCUCCUCCCCAUGUGGCCCUGGCCAUACCCUGUCCUGCUUGUGCUGUGGACUGUCUGUGGAUUCUGUGGACCCACUCAACCUGCCCCUAUUUAUGUUGCCAAAUGCUGCAUGAACUAUUAAAUGUGCAAUGAAGAAGCCUGUCCUGGC